AUGUCUGGGGAUGUACUGGCAAAUAUCUCAUUUAUACAGGAUGAUCCAGAGCUUUUCAAGAAGGAAAAGCCUUACAUGUCAUUGCUCCCCGACGACAGCUCCUUUCCCAUCACAAACUGGGCCUUCGCGUCUGACCAGCUAACGCCCAUCCAUGAUAUGCGCUCCAGGAUUUCCGAGCUGCGCUUGAACAACCACGGCUUCAUCAUUGUUAAAAGUCAGCUACGAUUCCACGGUGUGGCCCAUGCUGUCGGUCAGCCCGACCCUCCGGCUCAACUUAUCGAGUACCUGGCAGAUAUCACGAACGUUGUGAAGGAUAUCACUGGCGCCGAGAAGGCAUAUUGCAUCGAUUGGCGGUUCCGCAAGGCAGGCCGCCAAGAUAUCAUUGACGGCUUCGAAGACAAGGAUCCCAAAAGGCACUCUUACACUCAUCCAGCGUACAAGGCCCAUGCGGGUGCGGACAUAUAUAGUUCCCUUCGCUCCCCCCUCGAUCUUCUUGCUGACGGUCUGUUAGAUUUGUCUCUAGAUGGCGGCUGGCUGACGCUGAGAGCCUAUCUUUCGGAGACGGAGCGUAAAGAGAUCGAUAAAUGA